AUGAACAUGGAGAACUCUUUGUCUACUCAAGAGCAGCAGCUCUGUCAGCUACUGGCAGAUCUACCCGCGCGAUUCGGCCAUCGGUACACCGAGGAAGCUGCCCGAGAGCUCCUAACCAGCCUUUUCUGGUCCUUGGCCGGUGGCAAUCAUGAAUACAUGCGACUUCUCUUCCCCGAGGGCAGGCCGACCGACAGCCUGAAGCUGAGCGAUGCCCAAGGCGCUGUAGAGGGUGCCGAAUACACAGAGGCAGCUCGGGGGAAGCGGUGCGGCCACAUCUUCAAGCCAGGCGAGGCAUCCUACAUGUGCAGGACCUGCGGGACGGACGAGACGUGCUGCCUCUGUAGCCGAUGCUUCGAUGCCACGGAUCAUACAGGGCACAUGGUCAGAAUCCAGCUCUCGGUGGGAAACAGCGGCUGCUGCGACUGCGGAGAUGACGAAGCCUGGAAGAAGCCGCUGUAUUGCACCAUCCACUCCGACGUGGCCUCUGAUUCUCACGCGGGCAGGGCCAAAGUGCCCGAGUCGCUUCCCGAAGACCUCGUGAACAGCAUACAGAUGACGAUCAGCAGGGCGUUCGACUACAUGUGCGACGUUAUAUCUUGUUCGCCCGAGCAGCUACGCCAGGAAAAAACAAAAGAAUCGAUCCUCAAAGAUGAAGAAGUAUCUCGCCUCAAGUCAGAAUACUACGGCUCCAAUAGUCAGGCUUGCUCAGAGUUUGCACUGGUGUUAUGGAAUGACGAGAAGCAUACUGUUGAUGAGGUUCGAGACCAGGUCGCCAGAGCUUGCAGAAAAUCCAGGCGGCAGGCCAACAAGGAUGCCUGGGAAACCGACGCAGUUGGACGAAGCCUCUUGAUGUUUCUGGACGACAUUGACAAAUUGUUGCAAAUGGCAAAGAUAUUGGAGGCAAUCAGGGUCACUGUCACCAUUCGAUCGGCGAGAGACACGUUUCGAGAACAGAUGUGCGGCACUUUGAUUGAGUGGCUGAGCGAUAUCUCUGGCUGCUCGGUUGGCCAUGACAAUCACGUCCUUCGACGGACCAUCUGCCAAGAACUCAUGAAGCCAUGGAGGAAAGGGAGCGCUGCGACUCAUACCAUGGGCCUUAUUGACGACGAGGAGGCGGACGACCAACGCCUUGAAACAAGAGCCAGGAUGCAUCAGGUUAACGCCCGGUUUAUUCGCGCUCUACAAGUUGCAGCUGGGGCUCCCGGCUUGACCUUUGAGAUUGUUGAUGAAGGCGAUGCCGAUGACGAUGACGACGACGGCGAUGAUGACGAUGCCGACAUGGACGAAAACGACCUCGAUGAGGAGGAUUUUGACGACGACGACGAUGACAAUGGCUCCGGCUCGGAUGAUGAUGGCGACGACGACGUCAUAAUGGUCGACGCACAGGGUGAAAUCUCCGAAGUGGGCAUGACAGAACGGCCAAACGAUGCCUUGGAAGACGAGGAAGCGACUUUGGCUGGAUAUCCGCCUCCACCUCCGCCUCCGCCUGUUCGUGCUCAAGCACCUGCUCCCGAGCAGGAGCAGGAGCAGGGGGAGCCCUCGCAGGUUGCUCGGCGCCGUGAAGGUACACCGUCCGAUUCAGACAUGCAAGAGCCUCUCAUUUCUCAAAACAUAUACACAAAGGCGAAUAUCAAGAUACCCAAGACACCUGGCAAGACGGAGAAGGUGAUGCCCAACCCGGGCCUCUACUGGCUUGAGACUCCGGCUGCCUACACGCAGACGGGAAAUGUUCCGCCGGCAGAAGACGUUUUCCAGCGUGUUCGCCUAGACUGGCUGUUGCUUUUCGAUUUGCGAAUGUGGAAAAGGGCGAGGAACGAUCUCCGCGCCCUCUACAUAUCUACGGUGGUCCAGAUCCCCGAGUUCAAGCGAGUCGUGGCCCUUCGGUUCGCCAGUCUCUACACCAUCUUGGCCCAGCUCUAUCUCAUCGGCGACAGAGAGCCAGAUCAUUCCAUUAUCAAUCUCUCUCUCCAGAUGCUCACGACGCCAUCCAUCACUGCCGAGGUGAUUGAGCGAGGGAACUUCCUGACCAACUUACUGGCGAUUCUGUUUACGUUCCUGACAACCAGACAAGUUGGCCACCCAUGGGAUAUCUCCCCGGUAGCGGUUCUCGCUUUUGACAGUGGGUCGGUUACGAACCGGCGCAUGUAUCACUUCUACCAAGACUUGAAAUACCUCCUCAGUUCUCAGCAUGUUCAAGAACGAAUCAGGCGUGAGCCGAGGUAUCUGAUGCAGUUUCUGGACUUGGUGAAACUUCAUCAAGGCAUUGGGCCCAAUGUUCGCGCAGUGGUCGAACACGUCGAAUAUGAAGCCGACUCCUGGAUCACGGCUUCCCUGGUCACCAGACAGAUCAACCUGCAAGCAAGGAACCUGGCUGAAGCGUUCCGCAAUUGCCCUCCCGAAGAGAUGCGCCACCUUAUGCGUGCCAUCCGAAUCGCCGCUAAAGCUGCCAUUUUCAACUCGGUUGGUGCGGACCGACUCCGAUUCAAACAAGCAGAGAUCAAGGACGAAGUGAAGUUCAAGACGAUAAGCGACUUGGAGUUUGACGGUGGGGACAAAUCGUACCAAGUUGUCAAGUUCGUCGUCGAAAAGGAUGCCAUCAGCUUCCACCAUGGGCUGCACUAUACCCUGUCCUGGCUGAUCGAGUGCGGAAGGUCUAUUCCCGCGUCUAGGAUGCGCGCCCUCUUGAGUUUCACCAGGCAUGAGCUCAAGUCGAAGCCAAGGCUCAUGACGAUAGGGCCUUCACAGGUUCCCAAGAUGGACUAUAGCCCCGAGGAUUACAUGAUGGCCCUCUUCGACUACCCGCUCCGAGUUUGCGCUUGGCUAGCUCAGAUCAAGGCCAACAUGUGGGUUCGAAACGGCAUCAGUCUUCGCCAUCAAGCGAGUACCUAUCGUGGCGUUGGGCAGAGAGACGUCUCCCAUCAUCGAGACAUAUUCCUUUUGCAAACGGCAAUGGUGGUCUGUGACCCCUCUCGAGUCCUGGCCUCCAUUAUCGACCGAUUCGGGAUGGAGAACUGGGUAAAGGGCAUUUUUGAGGUUCUGUCAGAAGCUCAGGACGAUAUCCAGCACCUCGACGUUGUCGAGGACAUGAUCCACCUCCUCAUUGUUCUCCUGAGCGACCGCACAUGCCUGAUCGCCCCAGAAGACGAACCAAACUCUCGUCUAUUGGCUAUGCGCCGAGAUAUUAUACAUGUCUUGUGCCUCAAGCCGAUGUCGUUCAACGAGAUCUCUCUGAAGCUUCCUGAAAAGUACCAGGAAUCAGAGGAGUUCCACCAGGUGCUGGACGAGAUGGCCACAUUCAAACCACCAGAGGGCGUGUCUGACGUCGGUACCUUCGAACUCCGCCAGGAAUUCAUCGAAGAGAUCGACCCCUACAUUGCCCACUAUAACAAGAACCAACGCGAGGAGUCCGAGCUGGCCUAUCGUAAAAAGAUGGCCAAGAAGACGGGCAAGUCUGUGGAAGAAAUCGUCUUUGAGCCUAAGCUACGACCGAUUCCGUCCGGGCUAUUCCAGCAUCUCGCAGAUUUCACCAGCACGGGCGUCUUUGCGCAGGUCAUCUACUACUCGUUGCUAUAUGCACUCAGCGCGCAAAAGUUUACACCGCUUGUGCCCAUCACCCGUGUUGAGACCUUUCUACAAGUCGUUCUCCACCUCGUUCUCCUUGCCACCUUGGAAGAUAACACCACCGAGAAUGACGUCCCGGCAAAGGCUCCCAAGUCUUUUGUCCACACGGCACUCACACGAGUGGCUCGGAGCAAUUUCAUGCCGGACGCGAGUAACGCGAGGACCAUCGUUUCGCUCUUGAAUAUGCUGUCCACCCGCGAGGAAUUCAAAGCAGUGCAUCCCAAGAUAGCCCUCAUCCUCAAGCGUCUUAAGCAGAAACGGCCCGGGGCGUUCAACGCGGAAUUCUCAAAGCUCGGCUUGCCUGUAGAUCGCAUCAACACUGCGUCGCCAGCAAAUGUAUCAGUCGACGAGGAACGCGAAAGAAGGAAGCAAGCGGCAAUGAGUCGCCAGGCUAAGGUCAUGGCGCAGUUCCAGCAGCAGCAAAAGAGCUUCCUAGAGAACCAGGGCGCCAUUGACUGGGGCUCGGACCUGGAUGAGGAUGAGGAGUCCAUGGAGCAAGCCGAGGAUCGCAAGCACAACUGGAAGUAUCCGACGGGAACAUGUAUCCUGUGCCAGGAGGAAGCUGAUGAUCGGCGUCUGUACGGUACAUUUGCUCUCUUGAACGAGAGCCUCAUCCUUCGUCAAACAGACUUCCAGGAUCCCGACCUUGUUCGGGAAGCUUCGCAAACCCCAUGCAAUCUCGACAGAUCGGCAGACGACAUUCGCCCUUUUGGUCUCGCCCAAGAGAAUAGAAAGAUGGUUGAAAAACUGAAUGCCAAGGGAGAGGUAUUCCUUGCCGAAAGGCAGACCAUUGGCAAGGGAUUCAAGGCGUCGCUCUCACGAGCGGGACCCGUGGCGAGCAGUUGUGGGCAUAUGAUGCACUACCGCUGCUUUGAGCAGUACUACGAGGCCACCAAUCGUCGCCAUACCCACCAAAUCGCGCGGCAUCAUCCGGAGGAGAUUCUUCGGAACGAGUUCGUAUGCCCUCUUUGCAAGGCCCUGGGCAAUACCUUUAUUCCCAUCGUGUGGAAGGGGCUGGAGGAGUCCUAUCCAGGGAAUCUACAGGUAGAGGAAAGCUUUGAGGAUUUCCUAGACAAGCAGAUGUCAUCCUACCCAUUCGGCGGUAGCAAGGCUCGUGAGGUGGAUGAUUCGAGGCUGCCCGAUAUCUACACGCCGAGCCUCCCUGGCAGCCUACUGCAAACAAUGACGCCGUCGAAGCCUCGCCCCCCGGAGUCGAUCUGGGGCAAGGAGGAUAUGGAGCCGCGAUCAUCAUCAGCGCCGCUAGGACCCUCGGGCAGCUCUUCGAACUCUGCCGCAGCUGAGACUUCGGAAGCAGGGGCCAACCAGGCAUCUGGCGCCGGCAGUGGUCAGCCCUUGAAAGAACUUCUAGCCGCCUACCAUCGACUGAGAGAUACGCUGGUCCUCAACAAGCUUGACACGCGGUAUCCCGUGAACAAGCUUCGAGCAGGCGAUGAACUCCAUGGGAGCGAUACGCUGGUCCAGGUGGUUGGAUACACGAUCUCUGCGGUGGAGAUACAGCAGCGUGGAAUCGAAGCUCAGCCGGGAAUGACGUUGAUUGAGAAGAUCCCGGAGCAAGUCAUAGCUCAUCUGCGAAUCAUGGCGGAGACCACGUCGGCAUAUAUCAAGAUAGGGGGUCUACGCCCGCACCCUGGAAGUCUGAUAGAGAGCGAAUUCAUCGCGGACGCGGAACAGCAGCACGGUCAACUGUUCAUGGCGCAGCAUUUCGGAGCAGAGGUUGGCGAUGCGCGCCGGCGGCUAUACAGCUACCCGCCUCUGCUGUCGCUGGAUCCCUUUCUCUUCUUGGUCGAAUGCAGCUAUGCUCUGGUGCCGGCUCGAAACGUCGACAUCAUGCACGUUGUCCGGCUAUGCUACCUGGCGGAAAUUGUCAAGGUCGUGUUCCACAUGGGCCGCAACAUGCCCGUGGGCUUGUGGCUCGGCACGCUGGCAAACCGCCAAACCCAGGACCCAGCCAUGAACAACUUUGCCGACUUCGCCCUGGCUCUCAGCAAGCUCAGCCUGGAAUUCCAAGCAAUGCUGAGCAGCGCCAACCCCCCGGACAUGGGACAGAACCGAGGCUUCCAGCAGCCGGGAGUAGACACUUUGGAAGGAUGGUACUCGUUCGUGAAGAAGUACGCGACGACGUUCCUGCGAAAGUGCACCGUUUUCCUCCACGUCAAGUACGGCGUAGAUUUCAACAGCCAUGUCUCGGCCGACAGCAGCGCCGAUGAGCUGGACCGCCUCACCGAGGCUCUGCGGCUUCCGUCGUUUGAUGAAAUGUGCGCUGUCAUGACGGCUGACUCGAUGGCUGCCGGAUGGCCGAAUGCGACACCGAGCCUGGUGACGGGCUGGGUUAAGCAUCAGGUGCUCUGGACCAAAGGCUCGCCCACCCUGGUGCCGUCGGCCAUGGUCAGCCAUCCGGGCAUCUUUGAGCUCAUUGGCCUUCCGCGAACAUUCGAUACCUUGAUCGAAGAAUCAACGAGGAGGAAGUGUCCUACCACGGGCAAAGACCUCACAGAUCCCAUCAUCUGCCUCUUUUGCGGAGAAAUGCUCUGCAGCCAGAGCACAUGCUGUCAGAGAAUGGACACUGACGGCACCAAAAUCGGCGGUGCCCAGCAACACAUGCGAAGGUGCCAGAGGAUCAUUGGAGUGUUUUUAAAUAUACGCAAGUGCUCUACCGUCUACCUAUACCACAGGUCCGGGUCCUUCACGCCGGCGCCAUACAUUGACAAGUACGGCGAGACGGACCAGCAGCUGCGUCACGGACGACAACUGUUCUUGAACCAAAAGCGAUACGACUCCAUGAUCAGAAACACUGUGCUCAAACAUGGAGUUCCGAGCCUCAUCAGCCGAAAGCUGGAGGCCGAAAUCAACAAUGGGGGCUGGGACACUCUGUGA